AUGGGUGAAGAGCCUCGGGGCGUGCGCGCACAGCCAUGGCCGCGCGGAAUCGUACCCACGCGCGCCCCAGCCGGCACCCAGUUGCACGCGCACGACUCACCAGCAAGGCCAGAGGUUCGAAACCCGCCCGGGUCGGCCACUGCAGUUUGCUGUCGGGCUCCUACAUCCACUUACUCCGCUGCAGCCCGGGGUGCGGUGGCUCUUUUGCAAGAAGACGCUGCUACUGAGGGCCCAGGUGGCCCCCCACGACACCCUGGGUGUGCCCGGGCCCGGAAUCCUUCCCCCCAAGUUUCCUCUGCUGGACUCUGCUGGUUGCACACACUCGGUGCAAUUGAGUACGUUGCAAUUCCUCCUCCUCCUCCACCUUUUCCUCCUCCACUCGCUCCUCCUUUGGCUAUGGGGCCCGAUCACCCCACAGCCUGCAGCACCCGGCUGGUGGCUGGAAAAAGAAAUUGUCACUGCGAUGAUGGUCCCUGCCUCCCCUGCCCAGGCCCCGGGUGCCGCCUCCGCCUCUGCCUCCGCCCCCUCGACCGUGGCCGUGGCUUCCCGCAUUCUGUCUGCUGCAAAGCUCUCAGCUCAGCUCGCAGGUGGAAGGAAGGAAGCAGGCCCGGAUGUCUGCGGAGAGGAAAGUGGAGAGAUUUAUUUGGGCCCAUCUGCCAGGCAGCCUAUCAGAAUGACUUGGGUCAAGUAUGGCAGUGGGUGAGGAAAGACAUUAAAUAUCUCAAUGUUCAAGACAACUUCAAUGGAGAUACUCCCUUGAUUUGUGCCUGCAGGAAAGGGCACCUGAGAAUUGUCUCCUUCCUUUUAAGAAAUAAUGUGGAUGUAAACCUCACAAACCAGAAAGGAAGAACCUGUUUGCAUUAUGCAGUCAAGAAAAGAUUUAACUUCUUUGAUUAUCUACUUAUUAUCCUUUUAAUGCCUGUUCUGCUUAUUGGGUAUUUCCUCAUGGUAUCAAAGACGAAGCAGAAUGAGACGCUUACACGGAUGUUACUUGAAGCUGGUGUUGAAGUUAAUGCUGCAGACUGUUAUGGAUGCACUGCCUUACAUUAUGCGUGCGAAAUGAAAAAUCAGACUCUUAUCCCUAUACUUUUGGAGGCCCAUGCAGAUCCCAUGAUAAAGAAUAUGGAUGGUGAGAGUUCCCUGGAUAUUGCACGAAGAUUAAAAUUUUCUCAGAUUGAACUAAUGUUAAGGAAAGCAUCAUGAUUCUUGUGACUCCUCCAGAGAUGUAGAAAAAGCUCUAUGACAG